CGAAGGAGAACGGAGGAAAUUUCCUGCUCGGUUGCGAACGGGGUUCCUGCAGCCGCGCCGGGCAGGGCGAAUGCCAGGGCGUCCCCUGCUUGCUGCCUGGGUUCGCAACCGGCGGGGCGAGGAGGGCAUGAGAACCCGGCGUGCCUCGAGAAGCCGAGCUGGGCGAGUCCCUGGAAGAUCCGAGAUGGAAUAUUUUUGUUCAAUAUUACUAAUUUCCAUUAGUUUUCGACAUUCCAAAGCAUUACAUGACAAUGGAACUGCGUCAUAUAAUGAAACAACAAAAGAUCCUCCUAGAGAAAAUGGUCAGCCGUCGCAUUUACUGACUUCAGUGCUGAUCCUGAUUUUAGUGUUCAUAAUUUUAAUUAUUUUAGCUGGAUAUUUCUUUAGGUUGCGAAGACAUAGAAAAGCAGUUGUAAAUUCCACUGAUAAAAAAAUGCCAAAUGGAAUCUUAGAAGAGCAAGAACAGCAGAGGGUGAUGCUUCUCAGACAGUCUCCUUCUGGCCCCAAAAAGUAUUUUCCUAUUCCAGUAGAGCUCUUGGAAGACGAAAUUCGGAUAAGAGCAGCUGACGAUGGGAAGUUAUUUCGCGAAGAGUUUAAUUCAUUACCACCUGGAUCUUUGCAAGGAACACUUGAAAUGGCAAACAGAGAGGAAAACAGAGAAAAAAACAGAUACCCGAACAUAUUACCUUAUGAUCAUUCCAGAGUAACUUUAAUGCAAAUGGAUGGAUUUCAGUGUUCAGACUAUAUUAAUGCUUCAUAUAUAGAUGGCUUCAAGGAAAAGAAUAAAUUUAUAGCUGCUCAAGGUCCUAAACAGGACACAGUGAAUGAUUUCUGGAGGAUGAUAUGGGAACAGAAGUCUGCAACUAUUGUUAUGUUAACAAAUGUGAAAGAGAGAAAAGAGGACAAAUGUUUCCAGUAUUGGCCUGAUCAAGGAUGCUGGACCUAUGGAAACAUCCGAGUUUGUGUGGAGGACUGUAUAGUUCUUGUAGAUUACACCAUUCGAAAGUUUUGUAUUCAUCCGCAGGUUUCUGAUGGCUGUAAAGCUCCGAGACUUGUCACUCAGCUUCAUUUCACCAGCUGGCCUGAUUUUGGAGUGCCUUUUACCCCUAUCGGAAUGCUUAAAUUCCUAAAGAAAGUCAAAUCAUUGAAUCCUGCACAUGCUGGACCAAUUGUGGUUCACUGUAGUGCUGGUGUGGGUCGAACAGGAACAUUCAUAGUAAUAGAUGCCAUGAUUGACAUGAUACACGCUGAACAAAAAGUUGACGUUUUCGAGUUUGUGGCAAGAAUUCGUAGCCAGCGUCCACAGAUGGUUCAGACAGAUAUGCAGUAUUCCUUCAUAUAUCAAGCCUUACUUGAAUACUACCUCUAUGGUGACACAGAACUGGAUGUAUCGUCCUUAGAAAAACAUCUGCAGCCAUCAAAUAGCACUGCACCAAAUUUUGUUAAGAUAGGAUUGGAAGAAGAGUUUAAAAAAUUAACAAAUGUUCGAAUAAUGAAAGAAAACAUGAGAACUGGUAAUCUGCCAGCAAAUAUGAAGAAAGCCAGAGUUAUCCAAAUAAUCCCUUAUGAUUUUAACAGAGUGAUUCUUUCAAUGAAACGAGGUCAGGAGUACACAGAUUAUAUCAAUGCUUCCUUUAUAGAUGGCUAUCGCCAAAAGGAUUAUUUCAUUGCAACUCAAGGACCUCUUCCUCAUACUGUGGAAGACUUCUGGCGAAUGGUGUGGGAGUGGAAAUGCCACACCAUUGUUAUGCUUACAGAAGUUCUGGAAAGGGAGCAAGAAAAAUGUUUUCAGUACUGGCCAUCAGAAGGUUCUGUUUCUUAUGGCGAGAUUACCAUUGAUAUUAAGAAUGACUUGCUUGUUGAUACUAUAAGCAUAAGGGACUUUUUGAUUACACACAACCAGGAGAAGCAAGGCAGAGUGAUUCGACAGUUUCAUUUUCAUGGCUGGCCUGAGAUAGGCAUCCCGACUGAAGGGAAAGGUAUGAUUGACCUCAUUGGAGCUGUUCAGAAACAGCAACAGCAGACAGGAAACCAUCCCAUUACAGUGCACUGCAGUGCUGGAGCUGGAAGAACAGGUACAUUCAUAGCACUCAGCAAUAUUUUGGAGCGAGUCAAAGCUGAGGGACUCUUAGAUGUAUUUCAAGCUGUGAAGAGUUUACGGCUGCAAAGACCUCAUAUGGUGCAAACACUGGAACAGUAUGAAUUCUGCUACAAGGUGGUACAAGAUUUCAUUGAUAUAUUUUCUGAUUACGCCAAUUUCAAGUGAAAAUGCCUGUCACUUUUUUUUUAAUUUAAUAAUCUGUGUACAAAGAUUUGUAAAUCAUGUUAAUUUAUUUCCAUUUUCAAAAAAAAAAAAAUUCUAAAUGUACAUAUGAUUAUGUAUGUUUUUGCUUUGAAUGUCUCUUCAGGUGUAUGUAUGACUCAAAUAAGCUUCAACCCCGAUCCAAAGGAGUAUGCACAGACUCUUUUCAUACAAUAAAAUAAACUUCUAGUCAGCUAUUUGGUGGCAAAAGGAAAGAGCUGGUUUAUGGGAUUUGUAUAGUUUUGAAAGGACUUAAUAUAUUCACCCCAGCUGGUUGAUAAAGGAGGAACGUUGUAUUCACAGAAUAUAGUUUGCAUGUUGGACUACUAAUUCAAUUGAAGAAAUAUGUGCAAAAAACUGUGUCUGCAUGUGUUAACAACCAUAUCUUGGUCAUUGUUUUGUGUCUUUGUUGGUUUUAAUUUUAAAUAACUGAGGCCCAUGUACAAAUAUAGUGCAGUAUAUAUUGUUGUGAAUACAGGCACAAUUUAGCCUAUGUUAGGCAUAUUUAAGACUCACUGAUUUCAGUGGGUUUAACAAGCAUAUGCUUAAAUAUUUCCAAUUGAAAUUAAUGGAACUUUGAGUCCAGCUAAAUGUUUAAAAGCACUGUUUCUGAAAUUAAACUGAUAUAGAUCUGAUCAGUGGCUUGGAUGACAGCCCUCUGAUCACUCUGAGCCCAUAUAAAAGCAAAAUAUAUUAAUAGAACUUCAAAUCUCCUUAAUUUUGGCUGAAUCUUUCCCAUAUUUUGCCUAAAUGCAUGAAAAAUUGUGAUUC